AACACCAAAGGCGGAAUUCAAUUGUGCGCGUAAGCGACACAGCAACGUGAGCUUGGCUGCGUGUGGUAUAGGCUACAUUCCCUUAGUUACAAUCUGACUCGGCACACACUCACAGACGUUCGUUUCGGAGUAGCCUACCUUCCCUGUGCGUUGAUUUUAGGGACAUUUGCUAUCCUGAAUAUUAAAGGACCUCUCACUUUUUAAAUAACCUACAGGAUGUAUCCAAGAAGAAUGGGACUACUUUUGGUGAUCUGCUUUUUAAAGCUGCUCAUUUUAAACACUGUUACAGGUUCUUACCCCAGAGCCACAAACGUCAGUUGGUCAUCGAUCAAUUUUAAAACACUGCUGUCUUGGAGCCCCAAACCUGAUGGCUAUUCGUACACCGUAGAAUUUUUUGCUGCUGGCCAGAACAGAGACAGAAGCCCUCACUGUAUUCAGACGGCAGAGACUGAGUGUGAUCUGACAGAACAGCUCAAGGAACUGAAGCAAAUCUACACAGCUAACGUGCUAUCGGAAUCAGUGCGAGGAGCCACGUCCGACAUAGUCGAGUUGCCCUAUACGGCAUCCAAAAAGUUCUGCCCGUACACAGACACUAUCAUCGGAAAACCUGAUUUCAACUUCACCGUGAGCAAGGACGGCAGAAAGAUCACCAUCCAUGUCAUUGACCCGCUCACUGCAGUCUUUGACAGUCAGACCCGGCGCCUGAGUAUUCGGGAUAUUUUUGGGGAUGAUCUGGAAUAUAGUGUCACGUACCAGAGGGCGGGGAGCACAGGGAAGAAGCUUCAGACCUCUAAGACAAAUAUCAUCGAGCUGACCAACGUGGACAAAGGGGAAAGCUACUGCCUUAUGGUGCAGGCAGUGAUCCCGUCUCGAGACUUCGACAAAAAGAAUGGGGAGUUCAGCAACACUAAGUGCACUCCGAACACCAAGAAGGGCAUCUUUGAUGAGUAUGGCAUCGGCGCGAUUGCUGGGGCCAUCUUCACCAUCCUCGCCAUCAUCAUCAUCAUUAUCGUGGUGACGGUGGUCUGCUGCAAACGCCAGCGGAAGGAGAAGUCUGGAGACCCGGGGGUGGUGUGAGGUCACCGAGCGAGCUGGGUGUUGGUCUGCAUUGGUCUGGCAUGCGCGGAGUUUGCACAACUUGGCUGAACUGGCUCACCUCGAUCCGAAAGGGAGAGGAUGCACAGGGGCCAUCUUCAGUUCAACAUUCCACUGUAAAACACUGGAAUCUGCCCUCUGGUUUCUAUGAAACUGCAUAAGUACAUGUGUGGGACAUAUGAUUUUGAAAAAUCUGAAUGCUGAAAGCACUGUGUUUAAAUAACUAGGUGUGGGAAAUGGUACUCAAACUAUCUACUGUUGGGAUGACUUACUUCUUUUUAAUAGAUUGAUAUAAGCACUACAUUCUUAUUUUAUAUUUAUAAUAUUUAGGCUUUGUUUUAACUGUCUAACUUUUUAUUUGGGACAUGCUGGGUGAAUUAUGAGAGCUGUGUACAUGUAAAUGUGAUGUCUAAAUCUGAUUUCUCUAUUUUUAUAAAUAGUUUAUUGUGAUAUUUAUUUUUUUAGUAUUUGCAGAAAUGUUAUUUGUAUAUGAAAUGCUUAAUGGGAAGAGAGGUAAAUGUUUAUAAUGCUUACUGAAAUCACCGGUGAGUACUGUCAAAACAAUCUUCAAAAUCCAGAUUAUUUUAUGUUCUUUGUGUAUGUCAAACGAAUGUGUAUCCAUGUUUUCAAAUGAAUAUUAUCGUAAGCAUGACAAGCAUUCUGGUAAGCAUUCUUCAAAGUGAUCAUACUACUGAAGUGUUCCUCUGGACUAAGGUACUUUUUAUUUUUGUAGUUUUACUUUUUAUACUGAAAAUAAAGAGAAAUGAUUUGACUCUC